GUGAGGAGGCCGACGUGAUUAGGUCUAUCGGGUGGCGUCCACACGCUCUAUACGCCGCGCGCGGCUCUUAUCAUUGCUUGCAAGCCAGCGCGCUGCGACUGCGCCAGGCCUCUUGCCCUCUACUGCGUCGGCCGAAUAUCGCUUGGGUGACCCAGCUCGUUGCCCGGCCCAUCAACGCCGUCGACGCGGGACCACAACGCGCGCGGGACCAUGGCUGUCCGCGCCGCCAUCGCUGUCGCUCUCCUAGCCGGCACGGCCGAACCCCUGACGCGCGAAGACCGGAGCCUCCCGCCAGCCCUGCCCAUCCCGGAGAACUACAACAGCACGCUGGGCUGGCCCGUCCUCGACUUCAGCGGCGCCGAGCUCGACGCGCCCUUACCGAAGGCGCACUCCUCCACACGGCUCCACAAGCGCAACAUUUCGACAGUCAUAAGGAGAAGAAGACUCCAGGCCCCCGACGCGCACCAAGGCGGCCUCACCCCGUUAUUCAUGGGCAUCGGCACGCACUACGCGCAUGUCUACGUGGGCACGCCGGCCCAACGUGUCUCUGUAAUAGUAGACACCGGUUCUCAUCAUACGGCCUUCCCGUGCGCCGGCUGCAAGUCGUGCGGCAAGCACACGGACCCCUACUUCGAACCAAGUAGAUCCUCUACGUUAGUUAGAUUGGACUGCAGCAAGUGCGUCGCGGCAGCGAGAUGUGUGGCCAAAACCUGCCAAGUGUCCCAAAGUUAUACGGAAGGCUCGAGCUGGAAAGCCGUCCAGAUGAAGGACAACUACUACGUGGGCGGCGACGACGCCUCGGCCCCGCCUAGAGCGGGAGAGAAGUGGAUCGCGACGCCGUUCGUCUUCGGCUGCCAGACCUAUGAAACAGGGUUAUUCAGGACCCAGAAGGCUGAUGGGAUCAUGGGCAUGUCCAUGCACGCCCAGACGCUCGUGCCGACGAUGCGGUCCGCCAAUAAGUUAGGCCACAACUCGUUUGCCAUGUGCUUCAUGCAGGGCGGCGGGACCAUGGCCCUUGGGGGGGUCGACACGCGCAUCCACAAGGAGCCGAUGCAAUUUGUACCUCUCGCGAAGAAUUCGGGCUGGUUCACGGUGCAGCUGAAAGAUGUGCUCUUGAAUGGGAAGUCCAUCGGCGUUCCUGAAAGUACGUGGAACACGGGCAAAGGUACCAUCGUCGAUAGCGGUACGACGGACACGUAUCUCCCUCGCCGUGCGGCGGAACAGUUCAAGCGGGCCUGGCACGCGGCCAUGGGCCCCUCACCCAAGUACGCCAAUUCUAAACUGGCAUAUACGGCGGCCCAGGCCGCGAAGUUUCCUACGAUAACUUACGUCUUCGCGGGCGGCGUCAAGGUCGACGUCGAGGGCAAGGCCUACAUGGAGAAGGCCGGGGCCGGGCGGUGGGUGCCCCGAGUGUACCUCACGGAGGCGUCCGGUACCGUAUUAGGGGCGAACUUCAUGGAGGACCACGACUGCUUCUUCGACGCGGAGCGCCGCCGCGUCGGCUUCGCGCGGGCCGACUGCGACUACCACUCGUUGAAAUAGGUGGUCUCUCCCUUCCUGGCGCGUGGGUAACAAGUGUGUGACUGAC